UACUUUUUCACCAAUCAUUUAACUGCUCAUCGUUUGUUUUUCACUUUUUUAACUGUUGGUCCAUUGUCAGUGGAUAUUGACUCACGUCUCUCUCUGUCUCCGCAGUGAUGGUUCUGCUCAUUGUGACGAUGCGUCGGAGGAGGAAGGAGCCUCUGAUCCUCGAGGAGGAGCGGGACAUCAGGGAGAACAUCGUCCGUUAUGACGACGAGGGCGGCGGAGAGGAGGACACGGAGGCCUUCGACAUGGUCACCCUCCGCAACCUGAACGUCAUCAGAGACCCCAGUGUACGGAGAGACGUCACACCAGACACACCGACCUUCUUCCAUUACUCAUCGGCCACUCGCCCGUCUUAUAAAUCCCUGCCAGACAAUGUGGUGUUCCGAGAGUUUAUCUGGGAGCGGCUCAAGGAUGCUGAUGUGGACCCGUCGGCUCCCCCGUACGACUCCCUGCAGACUUAUGCUUUUGAAGGCAGCGGCUCGGUAGCGGAGUCACUGAGCUCACUGGAGUCACUAAGUACAGACUCAGAUCAGAACUAUGACUAUCUCAGCAACUGGGGACCGCGCUUCAAAAAGCUGGCCGACCUGUACGGCAACAGCGACGGCACCAGCGUCUUCUCAUAGCCCUUAAAUGUCUCUCUUAACAUUUAAAUAAGAGUAAUUUAUUGUCGGAGAAAAUAUUUGUCUGCCUUAGCGCGCCGGAGGAAAAGAUUCAAAGACAAAACAGAGAGAGAGACUGAGAGGUCAACACUUCAAAGGUUUUUGGUUUGUUUACCUCCCUCUACGGACUUUGAGACGUGGUGCGGUUUGACACAGACUUCAAAAGUGGCUCGAGUGCGGAGGAAACGCUGUGUGCAAAAGACAUUGAAGAUUUCAGAUUUCGGGCCGGAGUCCAACCACUGACUGCAGAAUGCAUACAUGUUGGAGUAUUUAUAUGAGGAGGCACCUGUCCUUUCAUUCCAGCGACGGGCGCGGGGCCCAGCACUCUUGCUUUGAUGCAUUCCUUUGCUAUCUUUGUGCUUAAAAAAGAAAAAGAAAAACAUAGAAGUUAGUCAUGAAAUGUCCCGGGUGACUGAUCACUAGUCCCCUGACUGUUCAUUAUGAUAUUUCACAAUGAUUUCUAUGUUUUUUUUACAUUUGUUUUGGUGGGGCAGGGUAACGAGGGGCUGUUUUCAGACACAUUACUCCUGGACUCAGUCAUACCUCUGUACGAAAAGUGCAACAUAAAGUAUAAACAAGUAGUAGAUGUGCUAACGAAGUGAUGUGAAGACAGACGUUGUGCAAAUCAUAAAAAGGAGACUCUUUGUCAGAUUGAUGUCUCCGCCGGGCGAAACAGGAAAGCAUUUGAUUUCUCUUAUUCUCCUAACAAUACAUUUUGCAGAUAUUGCAAUGUAGUGUUUGUCUAGAGUCUGUUUUUUCUUCUUUCUAUUGCCAAUGUAUGAUUUCUGC